AUGGAGGAUGCCAUGUGUAACGAUUCGGAAUGGCAUUAUCUUAAUUUCUCUUCUCUAGAAUUUCCUAGCGACAUUUCCCUUCGCGAAUUCACUUGGAAGGAGUACGUAAAGAUCGCCAGUUAUUUGUUAUUGAUGUGUGCCACAAUAGUGGGCAAUUUAGGUAUCGUCUUCGUUGUGGGACUCGACAAUUCCAUGCGUACCACCAUUAACGUCUAUCUGGUCAACUUGGCGGUUGCCGACCUGUUGAUCUGUCUGACUUGCAUGUGGGUUCAUCUGUGCAACGAUCUUACAGAACCCAUCUACGUUCUGGGGCCUUUUAUGUGCAGUUUUAACCCCUUUGCUCAAAUGGCGUGUCUGACGGCAAGUGUAUUGACUCUUUCUGCCAUAUCUUGCGACCGAUUUAUCGCUAUUAUGUUCCCACUUCACGUCAGGAUUACCAAACAGAGGACGGGAGCCGUUAUCGCCGUUAUUUGGAUCGUCUCUAUGAUAGCCGCCAUUCCAUUUCCUAUCUAUAGAACACAUGUGGAGAGACAGUGGAGUGAUUUCUUAGAAAUCCAGUGCUCUGAUUUUUGGCCUCACGAAGUGGUUUAUUCGGAAGAAUUAGGUAGAUGCGUUAAAAUAGUCAGAGGAAAGAAGAUCUAUUAUACUUUCGUCACAGUGGCUCUCUUCUUCCUGCCAAUUAUUAUCAUGAGUACUUCUUAUUCCCUCAUCAUCUGGAGAUUAUGGAUAAAUAAAGUUCCCGGAGAGAAAAAUUUGGCUAACAUGAAUGUUCAACACAAAGCUAAGAAGAAGGUGAUCAAGAUGGUGUGCGUGGUUCUGGUUGUAUUCGUGCUCUGUUGGAUGCCAUUUCAAAUCAUUGUCCUCUAUUCUCAAUUCGGCCAAAAGGAAGCUCUUUUGCCAGAAUGGUUCCUGAAAAUGAACUAUUUGGCCACAUUCGCUGCUCACUCCAACAGCGCGCUCAACCCCGUUAUUUAUGGAGGUUUCAACAAUAAUUUUCGACAAUCUUUUCUUAAACUUCUGAAGUGUAGCUAUAAUAAAAGGACUUUUCGCGGUCCAAAGGGCUCGAGGAUGACGUUCAGCACGGUCGUAACGUGGAGUUUUUCUCAAGGAAGAAAGAAACCAACCAAUGGAAUCAAGGAGAAGGAGCUGGAGACAUCUUUUAAAGGAAGUAAAGAAUUAUUACCUCUUAAGAAAGAACCGAAACCCGCUGCCAUUUAA